AGUUAUAAUAUAGUCGUCGUCGUCGUCGUCGUCGUUGACUGCUGCAGUCCCUUCGGGAGUUUACAUAAUAUCAUACAUGUCAUAUACGUACGUUAUCCUCCGGACGCUGCACACAUCAUCACCGAUGUCGAUGUCCCGCGCGUUAUAAUAUACCCAUAAUAAGUUAUAUCUACCCAUAUAGAUUGUACACAACAGUCGAUUUCCACGGUGCAAUAGUGUAAAAACGCGGGACGUCGAAAUGAUGAUGGACUCGGACUCGGCGUACAAGCCCAACGGCGAUUACCUUAUGUCACCAUACACCUGGCACACGCCGCAAGAUUUGCAACAGUUCACAAAUGCACCUAUCGUAUACCCGUAUGGCGACUACGGAUCUGUAGUGGUCAAGUCCGAGUAUGAUGAUGAUGUUAGUGGGGUUGGUGGUGGAGUCGGAAUCGGUGGAGACCUCAGCUGCGGAGGUGGUGGAGACGGCUGUGGAGAUAUCGGAGUCAGUGGCGGCGGUGGUAGCAGCAGUUCACCCGGCUUGGAUCAUGACACGGUGGAACCGAAAAAAGGAAAGAAACGAUCAUCCAGAUCGAAAGAAAUUCAAACACCAUUGAAAUCGAGGAGACGAUCUCCGCAGACGCCCGAAGAGAUGCAAAGCCAACGGGUGAUGGCCAAUGUACGGGAACGACAGAGGACACAGAGUCUAAACGAAGCGUUCGCGUCUCUCCGGAAGAUCAUACCCACGCUCCCUUCUGACAAACUAUCGAAAAUCCAAACAUUGAAGUUGGCCACCCGGUACAUUGACUUCCUAUACCAGGUAUUACAUAAAGCCAACACGGAAGAAGUACCCAUGGUGGGACAUGUUGAUUCAGAUUCGCAACACUCCAUUGAACAAGGAUCUUCCGGUACUGGAUCUUGCACUUACGUUGCUCAUGAACAACUCAGUUACGCAUUUAGUGUGUGGAGAAUGGAAGGCGAAUGGAACAACGUCAAUCAGGAAUAAAAAUUUUAAGUUAGCACAUGGGGGGGGGUUAGUACAUCAAAAAGUAUUGAUAUGCAACUAAGUAUUUCCUUUUGCAGUUUUGCAUAUACAUAGGGUACAUGCAUGUAUAUUAUAUAUAUAUAUAUAUAUAUAUAUAAUAUAUACCUAUUUAGUAUAUGUUAUGUAUAUUUAAUUUUAAAUUAUGUUUAGUUUUUAUACUUUUUAAACGUUAAGAUAUUUUUUAUCGAUUUUUAUUUUUAUUAUUAUUUUUAUGUACAAAAAGUCACCAAUGUAUAAAUAUAUUUUUUAUUAAGUUUAUUUUUUCUAUA